AUGGGCUACAAAGUGAUACUGCUGCUCAUUGCCGACUCGCUGAUCUACGCGCAAGUGCAUGGCUGGAUCGUUUAUAAGACGACGAAGAUCGAGUGUUUUCCCAAUGCCCGUUAUAUACGGAACGCCACCUGCGGCAUCAAGGCGAUCAAUCGCUAUCGUGCGCACACGAAUAUGGAGAGCGACAUCGUCGAUCGGCUGCGCAAUGUGUCGCUCAAUCUGCAAAUUUUCCAACGCAACAGCGCCAAUCGCUUUAAGCCGUUUCUCGUCAAUGUCACGGCCAAUUUAUGUAGCAUUUUGGACAAGCGCAACUUCCCAGCUUACACGAAAAUUGUCAUGAACAUACUCAAGGAGGUGUCGAAUGUGAAUCAUAGCUGUCCGUUUACGAAGCGUCUGAUUGUUAAAAACCUGUAUGUGGACGAAAAAUUUAUGCCGAUUGUGCCGCCAUUGGGACUCUAUAAGAUUGACUUUCAUUUUCUUGAAGGUUAUCCCUAUGAUGAUAUAGGCACUGUCAUUCUCUAUAUACAAGUGACUGAUGUUAAAGAGUUUAAAUCUCGUACGGAAGCGCCUAAAGUGCAAGGCCAUUGA